AUGGCUCGCAGGGCCUUCGCCGCCGUGCUCUGGGCAGCCGGCGUCGUUCAGGCGCUUCCGGCUCCCGGCGCGCCGCCGGUGUACAGCAACGGCUCUGAACAUCCGACCCAGACGCCUGCCGCACAAACCAUCCACCUCCCCAUCGCCGCAGAAGCAGUACUUGCCCCGUCCAAUGCCAGCGAGUCCGUCGAUGGGCUCGCGGCGCCGACGCACAGCAACAGCGCUGGACAAUGGAAUCGGACGUCCGAACAGAACACCCAUCUCCCUCUCGCGGCGGAAGCAGGAUUGGUCAAGUCCAACGGCAGCAAGACCGUCGAUGGGCCGGCGACGCACUGGAAUAGCUCUGGAUAUUGGAAUCAGACUUUGGCGCAGAACCUCCACCUUCCACUCCCGGCAGGAAAAGGACAUGCCAAGUACAAUGGCAGCAACCCUGACGAUGGACCCACACGGCCCCCGCAGCCCACGCCAACACCACCGGCACAAGCCAAGGCCAACUUCACUCGCAAUGGGCCCAUGAAGAUCCUGGCGCCCAGCGUCCACUGGUCCGUCGACAGGUCCAAUUCGGCCCACCUGAAGCCGAGUCCUCCCGGCGAAGGCUUGGAGAUGUUCUACGGUAACAAUGAUCCACUCGUGGCUGGGCAUUUUGCCUUCGUCAAUUUCAUGUUCAAGAGUGCCGCCGUAUUCCUGGACAACAGCGCCUUCCUCGAGGCCGUCUUUGACAAAUGGGGUGCUCUUGUCAUAAAUUUUCUCUCCCGGAAGGCCUUCGACCUCGCCCAAGGCUCGUGGACCAUCCCCGACGGAGAACACCUCAUCCUCGUUGGCUUCAUCCAAGGGUGCGGUGACUUCCACCUCCAAGAGCGAUGCUACUUCAAGGCGUCCAAUAUCGUCUUCGACGCCGCUCGCCGUGUCGUUCGCGCCGUCGGAAAUCCCAGCCACCCCGACGAGAUCGUGUCCGAAGGCAAGACGAGAUGGGGUCUGUGGAUUCCGGAUGCAUCCCCCCCGCACCAGGCUCACCGUCGGUCCCAGCCCGAGUCCACGUCGGUCGGCGGCUUUCCCUUCCAGGUGGGAGCUGCUUCCUCCAAGGCCGGCGGUCUCUCCGCGAGGGCUACGGAGGCCGGCGAAACCGGCUCCUCCUUCAACGCCAGCGCUUGCGUGCCGCCCGUCGAUUCGACGUACAAUCUCCCGACGGCAUGCCUGGGCGAGUAUUUCGACGAGGCGCUCGACAGACAGCUCGGCGCAGAGGACAUGACCGCCAUGGUUGACGAAUUCUUCGCCGACUUGAACCCUCAACCAGGCGCUCCGGACAGCCCGGCGUCUCCUCGCCAAGGCAUCCAGCGACGCGACCUCUUCUGGCUGAAAACCAAGGUCGUCGAGACCAUCAAAGCCGUCUACAAGGCGGCCAAGGCGGCCAUCUCCAUCGGCGGCAGCAUCAAUCGGCAAUUCUCGUGGAUCCUGCCGGAGGCCAAGAGCCGCAAGUGGAUCGCCGAUCAGCUCAAGGACAUCAUGCCGAUCCGUCUCAACGCGCCCUCGCCCUGGCCGGAUUCCAUCCUGCUCAAGGGGUUCGGCAACCAGAGGUUCAACGCCUCCUCGGCACUCAACCAGUACAUGAACGUCUACUGCGUCGGCUGCGGCGUUUCCGGAACCGCAAGGGUUGCCGGCCACGCCCGGUGGACGCCCCUCGGCGGCUUCGUCGAAGGCCACGUCGAGCUCAACACGGAUAUCCAGUUCAACCUCAAGGUCGGCAUCGACGCCCAGCUCAUCUACAGCGACCAGUUCAAGCUCGAACUCUUCAGCGUCGGCCUGCCGGGCUUGACGUACGGCAUCGUCACCAUUGCGCCGCACAUCACGGUCGAUUCUCGCGUCGAACUCGCCGCCGCCGCCAAGGGCAAGCUCCUCGUCGGCGCCGAGAUGGGACUGCAGAGCGCCCGCCUCGUCUGGGACAUUAUCGAUCCGAGCCAGAACAAGAAGAGCGGAUGGGAGCCCUACUUCCGGCCCAUCUUCGAGGCCGAGGGCGAGAUCAUGCUGUCGGCCAGGCUCGCUCUGCCCGUCAAGAUGCAAUGCGGCCUCAAGAUCGGUGGCUGGGACAAGUCGGUCGGCUUCAUCGACGAGCCUUCGGUCAAGGGCGUCGCCCAGUUUGCCGGUUCCAUCGGAAAGGGUUCGAGCCGAGGGAAGUCGCCUCGGCCCAAUUCCCUCGCCGUCAGCGGUCCCAAAUCCCUCGCCGUUAGCGGCCCCAAUUCCCUCGCCGUCAGCCGCCCUGACGGCUGCUCGGGCAUCAGCACCCAGCUCAGCUGGCGCAACAGGUUGUGGAUCAACGUCAUCGACAUCACAUCGAUUCCCAUGGAAGACACGCAAGACGUCGUGCUCUCCCGCGGUUGCAUCAACAUGCCCAGCUUCAAGAAGCCGAGCAUGAAUGACAAGGUUGUCACCAAGACGAAUCAUUUGCCCUCGGCGGAACCGAAGAAGAAGAAGAAGGCCAGGCCGAAGGCGCUGCUCGCGAACUCGACGGACCCCGAGACGGACCCCCCCGCAGGUCUCAUGCGGGCCUUGAAGGGAACGCCACGAAAGGUGGAGAGAAGGAACGAGGUGACGUUCGAGAGCGACAUGAUCAUGGAUGGCAGACCUGAGACGAGCCAAGACGGCGGUACCGUUAAGCAGUCGUCAGGCAGCUACAGCGACAACAGGGGACACGAGGUCACGAUGGUGCUCGACCCCAACAACACGACGGCCUUGAUUGCCUGCAGCAACGGCAACAUCUUCGCCGUUCUCGCCGACGGCGAGCAGAACCCGUCGUGCUCGGGCCAGUGGAUCAGCAACGCGGAAAAGACGGUGCUGCACGAUGCCACCAAUCGAGUCAUGCACUACUACGAGAACACCCUGUCCGUCGUCGGCGUCUCGCGUUUCCGCGUCGGCGUCAAGAGCGCCCUGCCCAGGACCAGCAAGCCUGUUGCCCUCGUCACCUACCCGGACGACUCGGGCGGCUAUUUCUACAUCGCCGUGGGUCCCGGAAAGGUGAUCCUGUAUCCCAUCGUUUGCGAUUUCUCCGACGGAACCGGUUCCAAGGUCUUCCUGGCGAAGAGCCUGGACGAGGGCGUCGCCAUGCUCGAGAGGCAGGAGCUUACAUUCUCGAUAACGGGUGGUUAUGUGCGCAAGUGCUCGCCCAUGGCGUUGAACCGUGGGCCGCUGCUAAAGAACCAAGGGAGAUUCGCUUGA